AUGGCUGACGUUGCUCCGCAGUUCGGAGCAGAGCUCAAGGACUCCUUCAAGCCCGUCAACAAUUGGGUCUCGAAUGGCAUAUCCUGGGUAGAAGAAGUCAAUCAGUUCUAUCGCGAGCGCAGCGUGAUCGAGAAGGAGUACGCUGCCAAGUUAACCGCCCUGUGUAAGAAGUACUAUGACCGCAAGGCGAAGAAGAUCAGCCCCUUGAGCGUUGGAGAUACACCCACUUUGACUCCUGGCUCCCUUGAGAGUGCAUCUUUGACAACAUGGACAACACAAUUGAAUGCCGUGGAAUCCCACGCUGCCGAGCGCGACAAGUUUGGAUCCGAGUUAAUAACCCAAGUCGCGGAUCCUCUCAAACAAGCGGCCGCUCAAUACGAGGAGAUUCGCAAAUCCCAUUCCGACUACCAUGGCAAGCUAGAAAAGGAGCGGGAGGCUGCCUACGGUGAUUUGAAAAAGGCCAAAGGGAAAUACGACGGUGCAUGCCAGGAAAAUCUCUAUCUUAUCAGCAUUAACGUGACAAACAAAUUGAAGGAGAAGUUCUAUCAUGAAUAUGUCCCGGAAGUGAUUGAUGGCCUACAAAAUCUCAAUGAGACCCGAGUCGCAAGAAUGAACAUUAUGUGGACUCUCGCCGCCCAAUUGGAAAAGUCUUCCCUCCAAGGUAGCACGGAUCAUAUGUCGAACCUUCUGGUUGAGAUUCCUCGCAACAACCCGCGACUAGACUCUUUGAUGUUCCUUCAACAUAACGUCACGCAAUCACAAGAACCACCAAACCUUGGGUUUGAGCCUAGCCCAGUGUGGCACGACGAUGCUUCGAUCAUCACUGACGAAACAGCCAAAAUUUUCCUACGCAAUGUUCUAGGAAAGAGCAAGCUUCAAGUUCGCGAGCUACGGGUUGAGGCUGAUCGUAAGAAGCGAGAGGUGGAAGCCAGCAAAAAGGUUCGUGAAAGCAUUCUCAGCGACAAGGACAAUAGAAACGAAGUGGAUGUUGUGCGAUCCAUAUUCUACAUGACCGAAUCCCUUCAUGACGUGGAUCGUAAAUGGGUCACAGCCGAGGUGGAAACAGCAACUAUCAUGGCUGUGGCCGGUGAUCUUUCAUUUGGAGCUCAGAAUCACAACUUCCGCUCUCAGACAUUCAAGAUUCCGACCAACUGCGAUCUUUGUGGAGAACGCAUUUGGGGCUUGUCAGCCAAAGGCUUUGAUUGCAGAGACUGUGGAUACACCUGCCACAGCAAAUGUCAGAUGAAGGUUCCGGCAGAAUGUCCAGGCGAGCAGACCAAGGAAGACAAGAAGAAGCUCAAGGCUUCACGACAAGAGCAAGCAGGUGCUAUGCCUGCCGUUGAUCUGGAUUCUCCUGCUGUCUCGACUGCUGCUCCCUCACUUACUCGCCAAAACACGAUGAAUUCUCUAAGCUCGGGAUAUGCGGCCAGCACAGCCCGUUCGGUAUCAAACAUUGCUACUCAGCCCACCCCAGAGUUGGCGGGGGAUGAACCUCCGGCCCCGGUGGCUGAGACAAAGCCCGCGGCUGCGAAGCGAGCCCACAGAGUGCUUGCCCCUCCUCCGGCGGCAUAUGUGGCUGCGCCCCCGCCAAGCGAAUCCAAACCCAAGGAGCCUCGAGGCAAAAUGCUCUACGCAUAUCAAGCAACCAGCUCAGAUGAGGUCACCGUGGAAGAUGGGGAUGACGUGGCCAUCUUGGAACCUGAUGAUGGUGGCUGGAUGCGCAUUCGCGCCGGAGCCAAUGAAGGCCUAGUUCCAACAGCAUAUGUUGAGGCUAUUGCAACACCGUCCCCUGUACCCUCCGCCAGUCCUGCCAUGCCUGAGAGACCUGGAUCCACAUACUCGAAUUCCUCUGCUUCGCUGGCUGGUAGUGCCGCAACAAAGCGCGUUGGGCCCGCCGUUGCACCCCGUAGGGGUGCCAAGAAAGUACAGUAUGUCGAGGCUCUAUAUGACUACGAAGCUCGUAGUGAUGUGGAGUGGAACAUGGCAGAGGGCGAUCGGUUUGUCCUGAUCAACCGGGACGGUGGUGAUGGUUGGGCUGACGUUGAGCGCGGUGGUGUCACCAAGAGCGUUCCCGCGAAUUACAUCCAAGAGGUAUAG